ACCCGGUCGGCCGCGGGAAGCUCGGCUCUUGACGACAGGCAUUUGUUAGAUCUGAGCUGGGAACGAAUUUCUCCGACGUAUCAGUGGACGGCAGAAGGGCAGUCCUCUGAGCUUUCAGCCACCAACGCACCAAAAUCACCAGUCUAGCGGCACUGGUCCGCUGUUCCAAACUUAGCAAUGACCACUGUAGCCAUCCCCAUUGACCAACCCAGUAAAAGUCGGCUCCGACAAGGAGAAAAAGGGGCGCUGCAGAGGUUCCUGUUGCCAUCAUCUGUGCGCUGCAGCCCUAUUCUGGUGGGUGCGCGAUCAAAGCGCUGACCCGGCUGAAUCAUAUGUCGGCCGCUAUGUCUGUCAAUCCCUACUGAAUCUGAUGUUGAUGACACGAUUGACCACGGAGGGGACCUUUUGAUCAAGUUUAAUUCCAAGGGGGGCCGAGUGUCACUGCGACCUUGUAUAUAAAACCCCCGGGGACCACUAUUCCCAGGAUCUCCGCUGUUGGCUGCCCGAAAUCCGGAUCGGCGUCUGGCUCUCCCUCCAUUGCUUGCCGCACAUGUCUUGACGUCUCGUUUCUUUUUUCUUUUUUUUAUUUCCCUUGUCUUCUCGUUCUUUGAGCUUUACAAUGGAAGAUGAACGAGGAACCAGGUUGCUGGUAUCAAUAUGGACCCUGUGCCUACUGAGUCUCAUCUUGUUGUUUUUACGUGUCUACUGCAAACUAUGGAGAGGCAAAGGUUUAUGGCAUGAUGAUUGGUGCCUUAUCGCGGCCUGGGUGGCGCUCGCCAUUUCUGUCUCCCUCAACACAUAUCUCGUAUCUCUCGGCUUCGGACGGCACGCAGCUACUAUUAGUGACGAGAAUCUGAUAAUAAUAAACAAGACGACCAUUGUGGGAGCCGCCUUUGGUAUAAUGGCCACGACAAUCAGCAAGACAUCUUUCGCCAUCACGUUAUAUCGAAUUGCCACCAACGCAUGGAUGAAAUACUUCCUCAUCUUUAUUAUCGUCACUAUCAACGUUUCGAUGAACUUGGUCUGGAUUUUCGGUUUCGCCAAAUGCACUCCUCUCGAGAGGGUAUGGAAUCACAAGGUGCCUGGAACUUGCUGGGACAAGUCAAAGCUUCUAACUUUUCAACUAUUCGCUGCUUAUUACUCCGCGAUCCUUGACUUUGUUCUUGCUUUACUUCCUUGGGUCAUCCUGAUGCGCAUGACCAUGCGUCGGCGAGAGCGACUCGGCGUUGCUGUCGCUAUGAGUUUGGGUGCUAUCGCCGGAAUUACUGGUAUAGUCAAGGCUGUGCUGGUCGUCAGUAUGAAGAGUGAGGACAUCACCUACGACCGUGUCGACCUCACGAUUUGGACCUUGACUGAGCCUGCCGCUUCCAUCAUGGCUAUCUGCAUUCCAGUUCUUCGUAUGCUGUAUCGAGAACUUAAGUCAAGUUCACGAAGUUACAACCGUAACAGGACCAAUACAACACCGCGCGACGCCGACACAAGGAACACAGCCGGGGCAUCAAAUGCUCGGCAGUCAAAGCGAUUUAACUCCAACUCACGAUAUGGUCGAAAUUCGGUCGUCAUCAUGUCAGGAUGGCAAGAAUCGCAAGAGCAUCUCCAGGACGAUUCCGACGGAAGCCAAAGCCAGACUAAGAUGUCCAUGAGCUCUGGAGGCGUGAUGAAGACUGAAGAAGUGAGAGUACACCACGAGCGUUUGAGCACAUUUAGCGAUGAAAAUUCGAUAGAGCUUAGGGGGUUGCCGCCAACCCAAGGGAAACCUGGGCAUCAAAAUGCUGAAAGGACCCCCUCAUUUUAGAUUAGAUUAAUCACAUACUGUUAAUGACCCGUGUGUAUACAUUUCAUGUUAUACAUUUCCUACGUAGUUGACAUCAACAUCGUAUAUCUUAGACCUUCCAA